UGACGUUGUCAUUUCUACAAUUCUAGUCGGCUGGCCACAACCUUGUACCAGUUGUGUUAAUAGUUUAAUUUAUUUGGUUUAUUCCGCUGAAGUUAAAAAAUGAAAUUCUACAUCAAUUUACUGCUGCUGUGCAGCUGCUGCCUGGGCGCGCUCGCGUGGGAUUCCGAGGAGUUGGAAAUAUUUGAUUUGGUUGAAGAAAUCAAUCAGAACUUUUACGAAUUUAUGAACAUAUCGCAAGAGGCUACAAACAAUGAAAUUAAACGCGCCUUCCGUUCACUCUCAAUUGUGUUACAUCCGGAUAAAAAUCCAUCCGAAGAUGCCAACAUACAAUUUCGUAACUUGGUGUCCAUCUACGAAGUGCUGAAGGAGACAUCGAAACGUGAGAAGUACAAUAAAGUUUUGCGUGAGGGCUUGCCAAAUUGGAAGUCAGCGCUGUAUUACUAUCGGCGUAUGCGUAAGAUUGGUCUUUACGAAGGAGCGGCUAUACUUUUCGUCAUUAUUACCAUUGGUCAGUAUUUGUUUGCGUGGGCUGCUUAUCUGGAGAAGAAAUAUACGGCCGAGCAAGUAUUUGGUUCCAAAUUAAAGAAACUGCAGAAAAAGAAUAAAAAUAUUGAUAUGGACGUUAUACUUAAAGAAAUUCCUUCACCUUCCAUUUUGAAUACUUUACCAUUUCAAAUUCCACUUUUCGUUUGGCAUUUGCCAAGCACAAUAAAAGACGCAUUUAGUAAAGCUAAUGAGCUUAAGGAGAUAGCUUUAGAAAAACGACGACUUGAACUAGAAGAAGUUAAGCGGCAAGAAGAGCUCGAACGUGAAAUUGAAGAACAAGCACGUUUGCGCAAAGAAAAGAAGGAAAAUCUACGUAAACGACGCCAAAACACCACAGCGCCCGUAAAGACUGAAGAAGAAUUGCGCGGUUACUCGCAGAUACAAGCGCGCGAAUUGACCGAAGAUGAUGCCGUCAAGCCUGUACAACAAAAAGCAACAUUGAGCGGCGGCUUCUGGACCGAUGAAGAUCUCACUGAAUUGAUACGUUUAGUGAAGAAACAUCCCGGCGGCUCGAGCGCACGUUGGAAUAUCAUUGCCGAAGCAAUGAAUCGUUCUGUGCAAGAAGUGACUUUCAUGGCGGCGAAAAUGAAAGAGAACGGUUAUCGUCUACCAGGUCAAAGCUCCGAACAAAGCAGCGAGUUCACAACACAGGUGCAAGAGGUGGCAAAGAAGGAGAAGGUGAAAAAAACUGCCGCAGCCGACAAUCAGAUACUUGUGCCCGAAACAAAUUGGUCACAAGAACAGCAACGCGCGCUGGAAUCAGCGAUUACCAAGUAUCGCAAAAAUGCAAGUGGCGAUCGUUGGCAAAAAAUCGCCAACUGCGUGCCAGAGAAGUCGAAAGAGGAGUGUCUAGUGCGCUAUAAGUAUUUGUGCGAAUUGGUAAAAUCACAAAAGAAGAGCGAAGAGGAGGCUGCUGCAGCCAAUGAAGCAGCGAAUAGUGAGAAAGUGGAGCCUGUCGUGGAAGAAGUGCCAGCAACUACCAAUGAGGUAGUGAAGAAUGUCACAGAUGACACAACCGCGGAUAAAGGUGGCAAGAAGCGCAGUAAACGCGAAGAGCGUAGACGUCGACGGAAUAUGUCGAGCGAUGAGGACUCAGAUGACGCUUAUCAAUACGAAAUGAACUGAUGACUGAGAGUGAAAGUGAAAGUGUAGCACAAAUGCCGUCUAGGCUAAAUAUUUCUUAUGCUGAAAUAAUUUGUCAUUUAAGUUUUUAAGGAAAACUUACGAAAUUGUGUAGUUCUCGUUUUUUACAUGUGAAAUGCUGCAUUUGUUACGAUAAUUCAUUGUGUGUGUGUAUAUUAUUUUGCUAAAUUUACUUUUUACGAAAAAAAACUACUACAACAAAAUGCCACUCCUACAUGCAUAAAUAACAGCGAAACUACAUAUAGAUAUAAAUAA